UCUAGGUAUUGCUUGUGCUGCUAAGUAUGUGAUGAGUUGUCUUUAUGUAGGAUAUCAAUAGAAUACUUUUAUCUCUUGUUUUCGUUUUUCAUUACUCUCAAAUAUCCUGGAAUUGAAAUCAAAGUGAUUUUCAAAUCAUUAUUUCUAUUCAAUUAUUAUUUUCAUAUCGAAUUAAUUAGUGCUAGAUGUAUUAAGCAUUUAGAGAAUAAUCAAAAUAGAAAGUAGUUCUUAGUGUUUUUUGUGAGACUUGAGCUUCAAACGAGUGUAAAUGUUAUUUUAAUUCGUUUUUUGUUUGAAUUUAUACUAUUUUGUCCUUAUUGCUAUUUUAAUAUGGAAAGUAAAGAAACAAAACCUGUAGCAGGUACCAGUGAUGCAAAUGCAGAGAAAAAGACAAAAAGAAGAUCAAAUGCUCAACGUCAAAAAGAUGAUCGAACGAGGCAAGAGAAAGAACUCACGAACGAAGAAAUACAUAGUAUCAGGAGAAAGCGUAAUGCUGAGCGUCUUAAAAAAUUUAGGGAAAAAUGCAAAGCUAAAAGGCAAGCUGAAAGUGACUCUAAGUCAUCUCAGGAAAAAUCAUUACCGAAUGAAACAAUUGAAAAUAAGCAAGAAACUAAUCCUAGUCUUGAGACAGAAUGUGAAGAAUUUAGGUGGUACCCAAGCAACUCUUCUCAGUCAUCUCAGAAAGAAUUAUUACCGAAUGAAACAAUUGAAAAUAUGCAAGAAACUAAUCCUAGUCUUGAGACAGAAUAUGAAGAAUAUAGGUGGUGGUGGUACCCAAGUUUACCUCCAGUGGAUGAAGUUGAUGAAAGUCAACAAUGACUGACUCCGAUUGAUAAAAUGACGAUGCCAUAUUAAAACCAUUAGUGUAGAAAUUAUUAGAAAAUAAAACAAAACUUUGUGUCUGACAUAGUGAAAAAUUCUAAUUUUCCAA